CAAGGGAUCACUCAUGGAAUCCUGUGUUGCUGAUAAAGAUAAGCAGUGCCUGGAGGACGCUGAUCUUGGUCACUCAUAGAAAUAACCUUCAUGCUCAGUCUCUGUUACUGAUGUGACUCCCAUCAUCCACGUAGCUGUAGAGAGCAGAACAAAGAAUUGAAUUCCUGCAUCAUCCAGCCAGGCGGACGGCACCUGAAUCCAACCAUGUCUGUGACUGGGAACUUCUUCAGUAAAUUAAGGUGCUUGGCGCUAACUUUGGAGAAGGAAACUGCGCAGCUUGAGCAGGUGUUCAGUCAAGAAGAUGACGACUAUGAAGAGGAAUCUCCGAUGCGAGUGCUGCACGACCUGCGUUCCGAAAUAAUCAGCAUGAAGAGUGAUCUUCAUGCCGCUGUUGAUAAAAAUGAAAAGAAAGGACAAGAACUGAAUAAUUUCAUAAAGAUCUGUAAAGUGCUGCAGCAGAGAAAUGCCUCCGACAUCCAGCAAAUCAAAGAUGUCUUCCUGAAGUACGGAUAUAAAGCGCCUGACAGUGAAGUACCAGAAAACGAUGAAGCCACUGAAGUAGUAAUGUCUAAGAGUGCAGAGGAGAGCUGUCAGAGCACCGGUGAACAAAGCCUUUCUCCUCCUCCAGUCGUUGAGAAGCCGGCGACAUGGGAUUUACUACGAGCCCCGCAGCUCUCUGACUUUGGCCUGUCUCACUACCAGCUGCCUGCAGCGUGGGAACAGAUUAAUAAGAAAGCUCCAGAGGAGAAGCCCAAGCCCUUGUAUGCCGAUAUCUGCUCAAUAAAUAUGGCGAAAACCCCCAAGUAUGCCUUACGCAGGGAAGAAGACUUCUCACAGAUCCAGCACUUUGGCAUUAGUGAAUACAGCGCAAACCUGAAUGAUGACUACACUAUGGCGCUAAUAAACAAGAAAAGGGCAAGUAAUCCUGAGAAACCAAAAGAAUCAUCCAGGGAUUUAAAAAACCUGCUUGCCACCCCGGCACACCUGACCUACAGGAACGAUUUCACCAGUGUGGAGUCCCCGUUGCCACCUGUGUUCUGCACCCCAGGACUGAAGGUGCAGAAGAAAGUAGGCCUUGAUGUAAUGGAUGAAACACGUGACGCAAAGAAGACAGAUGAUAACAGCUCUUCAAGAGACAUGAGAAGCCAGCACCCUCUAGAUGUGUGUCAGUCCCUGAACACAGACACUGUGGACUCCCCCCGUCCCCCAACUUUCUGCACACCUGGACUUAAAGUGCCGAAGAAGGACAUAAACUGCGUAUAUCCUGAACCAUCAGAAAGUAAAGAGCCUCCGGUGGUUAAGGAUUUAGACACGCCACCAGUACCGAGCUUUGAGACCAAGUGGCUGAAGAAUGACACAACAAGAACUCUGGACAUCACUGAACCCAUUCCAAGGCCAGAGUUUUCAAAUAGUCUAUACUUAAAAGAAGUUGCUCCCUUGGUUUUAAAUUCUGAUAGUUAUUAUGAAAACCCAUCUAAAACCUACUCGCCGCCCAAGAUGAGGGAUUUCUGUAUCGGGACUCCACCUCGCCCAGAAAUGACUUCCUGCUUAACUGAGGAAAUCCUCAAGCACAAUCUGAAACGGACCUCCCCUCCUAAAGUAUCAGAAUAUGAAAAUGUGUUGUGGACACCCACCCGUCCAGAGAUGACGUCCUGCAUCACUGAGGAUAUUUCACAGAUAUUAUCUCAAUAUUGUGAAAAUCAGAUAAAACCACUGAGGACAAAUGCAUCCGAGAAUAAAGAAAACAGACCCUGACUAUGUGGAAACCUGCAAGAAAAGUGGAUCCGUUCUAUACAAGACUCAAGUCGAUAAAAGAGGAGCUGUUCAAGUGAAUUAUCUGAAACUGUACAUACUGAGCAUGUCUUAUUUAUACUGUAGUUAGAACCGCUUUGUUCUACUUCUAUACAUAUUGGAAUGUAUUCACAUUGCUGUAUUUUCACAUGUAUACUUUUUGCGAACGUGAGUGAAUUCUAUUGAUGAAGACUAGAGAUGAGCGAAUUUCCAGUUAUGAAAUUCGUUUGCGAUUUGUUUACUGGUGAAAGGCGAAUUGCGUUAUGGAUUCUGUUACCACGGACCAUAACGCAAUUCUAUGACUCCCCUGCAUAACGGAAACGGGACGGAUCAGUUAUGCAGCCCAUAGACUUCUAUUAUGACGGAAUGCCUC